AUGACAACCACCUCCCCGCACACCACCUACAUGCAGAAAUGCAUCUCUCUCGCCGAACAGUCCCCUCCCCGACCGACAAACUUCCGCGUGGGCGCAAUCCUCCUCUCUCGAAAAGAUGGUGACUCCACCUACUCAGACGACCGCAUUCUUUCCACGGGCUAUACCAUGGAAUUAGCCGGAAACACCCACGCCGAGCAGUGCUGCUUUGCGAACUAUGCCUCUGUCAAUAAAGUUGCAGAAGAGCAAGUGGCCGAAGUACUGCCUGUUGAGUCGGGCCGAAAGCUCGUCAUCGGAUUACCAGGACUCGGGACGGUGGCCGGGGAGGGAAUUCACAAGGUCUAUUUCGGUGUGAAGGAGCCUACGACUUUUGUUGGAGAGUCUGAGGGGUGUAAGAUGCUUUCGGCUGCGGGGAUUGAAUGGGAGCAUGUCCCUGGUUUGGAGAAGGAGAUCUUAUCGGUCGCUGUGGCUGGGCAUGAGAAUCCGGAGGAGGAGGUCAAGUCUGCUUUGGGGAAGAUGGGGACAAAUGUUGAUGAUAUUAGUGAAGAGGAGAGACAGAGACAGGCGCAAAUACCUCGCAACCCGAAAAAGAGGAUGAUGGAGAAUGAGACGAUUCUUUAUUGA